UUAGGUAAAAUUUGGAAUCGUUUUCUUACACGUUCUUGUUUAUUUAGUUGUCUUACUAAAAAACUGUUGUACAAUAAUAGUCGAAACUAUUUUGUGAUAUUUUGUAAUAUUGUAUCUUUAUAUUUAUAAAUAUUUCGAAUUAUGGCCCAGAGCGGCGGUGGCGACUUCGAGAAUGUAGAAGAAGAAAGCAACUAUAAUAAUGCAAAUUUCGGUAUGGGCGAAGAAUACAGCGGCGAACCGUUCAACGAAAGUAAUAAUUGCGAAGUUUAUGAGGAAACAGGCGAAGAAGGUGACGAAAACUAUCAGCCAGCCACUAAACGUGGUAGAGGUGAUUUCAGGGACAAAGGAGCGGGUACCGGUGCACGCAAUGGACCUCGAGAUUCCGGAUCGAGAUUUCAUGGUCAUGGAUUUGCCCACGGCACGAAUGGACCCGGUACUUUCAACGCAACAUCUCCUAACGAUUCGGGGCAGUUCGGCGGUGCUACUCGGACUGGAUCGCGAUUCCACAACGCUGGUCACUGGGACAACGAGCAACAGAAUUUUGACGAGUUGACCAGAAGUGCGAUUCCUCCGUUGAUGAGUCAAAUACCGGGGGCUUCGGUGCCGCCACAUAUGAUGAUGAAUGAUGGCUAUCAAGGCGGUCAUCCAUUAAGUGGUUCUAUGUCGCAGCAGCCUGCGGUUAAUGUGAUACCUGAAAACGAUCCUACCGAAGCUCACACGUCGCCUCCGAACGCGGUAAUACCUCCGACCGGAUUCCAGCACACCAUCGGGCAACCUCCCUCGGAUAAUCCUUCAAUCAUUCCUGGCACUACACCUACACAAAACGGUAACGAUGUUAGUACUAAUAAUGGCCAACGUUUUGCUGUGAUGGCACCAGGAACCGGGACCAGUCCGAUGGCUGUCGCAGCUCAACCGAAACCCGAGUCUGAAUCGGUAAAUCUUGACGACGCCAACGCAGAAAUAUGGGUUGAGACUAAAACCGCGGAAGGCAAGUCGUAUUACUAUAAUGCCAAAACUAGAGAUACCACUUGGACCAAGCCGGAAGGCGAUAAUAUCAAAGUUAUAUUGCAAGAACAGAUCGAAGCCAUGGCAGCUGCAUCCGGAGUCGCUGCACACCAGAUGAAAGUAGAUGGCGCGGAAGAAGCUCAGGGUCAGGAUCCGGCCGCUGUGGCAGCGAUGCAACAAUCGAUGAUGCCUCACAUGAUGCAACCUGGCGGUCAGAUGCCUCCGCCGAAUACGAUGCAGCCUCCUCCAGGUAUGAUGCCUCCAUUCGGAGCACCGCCGUUCGGCGGACCGCCACCAUUUGGUAUGCCUCCUCCUGGCUUUCCACCAACCGCUUUCCCCGGUGGAUUCCAACCGCCCGGUCCGUGGGGAUUCCCUCAAGGUAUGCCUAUGCAGUCGCCCAUGAUGCCUCCUAAUAUGAUGACCCCUCAACAGCAAAUGCCCGGAAUGCCCGGUAUGCCGAUCAGCAUGAUGCCUUCAAAUGAAAUGGAGGAUAAAGCUCUGCAGCAGAUUGAUCCUGAAAUCUUAGCCAGAGCCUCGGAAUGGACCGAACAUCGUGCUCCGGAUGGCAGACCUUACUUUUACAAUGCUAAAGGCGGGGAAUCAGUUUGGGAAAAACCGCAAGCUCUCAAAGACUUCGAAGCCGCCAAAAUGGCCAUCAUGCAUGCCAAUUCCGUACUAGAAAAACAACAGAUGGAAGCCGCUAUGAAUGCCGCCGCCGCAGCAGCAGCCGCAGCUGCCAACCCAAUGGACUCUAAGCGCUUCGAUCGUAAACGACGCGACGAUUCCGAAUCUGAAGACGAUAAACGAGACGAUAACAGCAGCGAUGACGACAAAGGAGGCAAAAAACGUAAAGAGAACGCUCACAAGGAUUCUUCAGUCAAUGAUACAGAUAAGAAAAAAGAUGACGACAAAGUAGUUCAAAAAGUACAAGAUAAAUCGAAACCGGUAUCCAGUACUCCUGUUCCAGGAACUCCUUGGUGCGUCGUAUGGACGGGUGAUGGACGUGUAUUUUUUUAUAAUCCCUCUGCUCGUGCAUCUGUAUGGGAAAGACCAGAAGACUUAGUCGGAAGAUCUGAUGUUACCAAAAUGGUCUCAAAUCCACCUCCUGUCGUUUUAGCUUUGAAGAAAGAAAACCAGGAAAACUCCGAAGAUGGAAGCGCUUCCAACAAAACGCGAAGCGAUACAGGAUCUCAUGAAGCGGAACGGAACAGUACCUCAAACGAUACCAGAGAAGAGCCUAAAGUUACCCAAGGACCGUCGCUGAGUACCGAUAAACAGCAGAUUAACGUUGGUAAAGAAGCAGCUAUGGAGGCCGAAGUUCGAGCAGCUCGCGAACGUGCCGUUGUUCCGUUAGAAACUCGGAUUAAUUCGUUCAGGGAAAUGUUAGUCGAGAAAGAGGUAUCCGCUUUUAGUACGUGGGAAAAAGAGUUGCACAAGAUAGUCUUCGAUCCGAGGUAUUUAUUAUUGACUUCUAAAGAACGUAAGCAAGUGUUUGAAAAAUAUGUCAAAGAACGCGCCGAAGAAGAACGACAAGAAAAACGUAAUCGAAUGAAACAACGUAAAGAAGACUACAAGAAAUUAAUGGAAGAAGCUAAUUUGCACGGAAAAUCAUCAUUUAGCGACUUCUCGUCCAAAUAUGGCAAAGAUGAAAGGUUUAGGAAUAUCGAAAAAAUGCGCGAACGCGAAAGCUUAUUCAAUGAAUUCAUCUUGGACGUCCGAAAGCGUGAAAAAGAAGAGAAAAAUCACAAAAAGGAACAGAUUCGGAGAGAAUUUUUAGAUUUACUUCGCGAACAUUCAGAAAUCGACCGCCAUUCUCGAUGGAGCGACGUAAAAAAGAAAUUGGACCACGAUUCGCGUUACAAAAUGGUUGAUUCGAGUACCCUACGUGAAGAUUAUUUCCGAGAUUAUAUUAGAAUAUUGAAAGAUGAGAGACGUCAUCGUGAACGAGAGAAAGAGCGCAGAGAACGCGACAGAGAUCGCGACCAAGAAAGUGAUCCGGAAUUAGCGCACGCUUCGGAUGUGGAAAAAGAUCGCGAAGCCGAAAAAGCGGCCAGAGUCGAAGCUAGUAUCAGAGAACGUGAAAAAGAAGUCCAAAGAACGUUAGCGGUUCAUUUAAGAGAUAGAGAUAACGAACGCGAACAACAUAAACACGAUGAAGCAGUCCUUCAUUUCAACGCCUUGUUAGCCGAUUUGGUUCGUAAUUCCGAGUUGAGUUGGAGGGAAGCUAAAAGACAGCUUAGAAAGGACCACAGAUGGGAUGCAGCCGAGCUUUUAGAUAGAGACGAAAAAGAAAAAUUAUUCAACGAACAUAUAGAACAAUUGACCAAAAAGAAAAGAGAAAAGUUCAGGGAGUUAUUAGAUGAAACUACGGAAAUAAAUUUGAACUCGUCGUGGAAGGAGGUUCGUAGACUGAUAAGAGAUGAUCCCAGAUAUUCCAAGUUUUCGUCCAGCGAAAGAAAAUGUGAAAAAGAAUUCAAAGAGUACAUAAAAGAUAAACUAGUAACUAUCAAGUCUGAUUUCAGAGAACUAUUGCAGGAAACGAAACUAAUAACGCAUAAAACUUAUAGCGUAGUUAAAGAAAACGAAAACCAUUUAAAGGAAAUCGAAGAUAUUUUAAAGAACGAUAAACGUUAUUUAAUGUUGGAUCAUAUACCGGAAGAGCGAAAAGAUUUAUUAAUAGCGUAUCUAGAAGAUUUAGAAAAACGAGGUCCACCGCCACCUCCGACAGCAUCAGAACCUUCGAGGAGGAUUAUCAAAUGAUAAGUUUUUCAAAAGAAUAAUUCCGCAAUAAAAGUCCAUUUGUAUGUCAUACGUAAUUAAGUAUUUAUUUCAUGUUGAAAUUGUCGACUCGACGAGUCUUUUUUUUCUUAUUCAAAAUGUUGAGUAUGUUUUAUGGAAUUUGACCUUGAUUAUUUUGCCCUCUUCUUUCUUUUCCCCCUAGUCUUAUCCGAAUUGUUAGAGUUGGAGUAUUUUUACGAAUUUCUCUUCCCUAUUUUGUUUUGUUUUUAUUUUAUUCCCAAAAUCGAUAAAUAUUUUGAUCGGUUGAAAAUGGACGGUUUUUUCGAGCAAUUACGAGUACACAAGAUUGUGGAUGAGGUUUUUCGUUUUGACGGUCCUGGUUAGAAUAAUGAUAGUUUUAAUACAUUUUCAAUAUUUACGUCUUAUAUUUCUUCAUAUUUGUACCGUAAACUGAGAUUGCAUCGUUAUUUGUAAUACAUAAUUAAUACGUAUCGUAUAUUUGAAUUGGUCAAGUUUACUAGUUUUACAUGAUUUGGUAUUCAUUUUUCAACGUAUUGUCAUUUUGAAACAUGUAGGUAAUUUGUACGCAUUUAAAAUAUAGAAUUGAAAACUC